AUGGCGUCAGGUAAAAUCAAAGAUUAUCAACUGACGGCCUCUUCUACAUACUCAUAUCUGCAGCCCUACAAAGCCAGGCCAGGCGGAGACAACGAUGCGUGGUGUGCCUUCAUCACAAAUGACCAGCAAUAUAUUCAGAUUGAUUUCACCAAGAAGACACGCGUGACACGAAUUGAAACAUACGGCAGAAGCCAGAAACAGCACUGGGUCAAGAGAUAUCUAAUUCAGUUCAGCAAUAACGAUAUGGAAUGGUAUAAUUACACGGAAAAUGGCUUUGAUAAGGAGUUCCCUGGGAAUUUCGACAGUUCCACCUCAGUUUCUCACCACCUGAAAAAUGAAAUUGAGGCGCACAGCAUCCGCAUAAGGCCGCUUGCUUGGCAGAAGCUUGUUUGCAUGAGAUUUGAAGUGUUCGGCUGUCCCAUUGAAGGCGCUCCUGAAAAUUGCAUCGACCCCCUUGGUUUGGAGUCUGGGUAUAUCCCAGAUGAAGGUCUAAGUCAUAGUGUGGACACUUCCCAAACAGUGUCAAAUCCUACUGAUAUCCGCCUGAACAAGAACGUCCCUGGAUUUCCCUACGGCUGGCAAGCGUCACUGGGGCAACUGGAUUAUCUACAGGUUGACUUUGGCUCAUUGCGGAAGGUGACUCGAGUGGCGACGCAGGGGGCAAGUUCGUUCUUUGUAACACGUUUUCAGCUGAAGUUCAGUAACAACAGUAUUGAGUGGUUAGAUUAUACAGAAAAUGGAAUCGUUAAGGAGCUGAAUGGUCCAAAGAAUGGCCAAGAAGCUAAAAAUCCGAUUCUGGUGAAAUUAUCUGAGCCAUUCACGGCGCGCUAUGUGCGUUUCAUUCCCACCAGCGCUCCAGUUCUUAAAGUAAUGCGAGCUGAGCUGUAUGGCUGCAUGGCUGAACCGUUGCCUCCGUUUGGUGGUGUCCACGAAUACUCUCGGAGGGCCGUACUGUUGGACCCAGACUCCGGACGGUUUUAUGUCUGCAUGUACACUGAGCAAAAAUCAGAGAGCAGCUGUUUCUCCUCGAGUGACGGAAUGGAUUGGACAGGUCUUGAUGAAUCCAUCGUCAGUAUCAUUGCUUUCGACCCUACAAAUGCAGCGCUCUUUGGAGUAGACCAUAAAAUGAACUUUCACCGAAGCACCAAUGACGGUGUGACCUGGAAGGUUAUUUCCUCCCAAUACUUUUAUAAUUUAAAGAAAGAGACAUCCCUGAUAAUGAGCACAGGGAUACCAGAGAACAUGGUAACUGCCACGCCCAGUUCAUUUUGGUCCGCGACUUCAUCGAGUGGAAAGAAGUGGGGAGUUUCCGCGUCAGGCGUACACGUUAUGGCCGCUGGCAAUAAUGAAUGGAGUAUGGUGGCAUUGUGGAAAUGCUGCGGAAACUGA